CGUUGCUAACAGUCUUCUUGAGUGAAACCCGAAUGCAUCAAUACAAACACUCGCGGCAGUACAGUAUUGAUCUCACCGGAGCCGUGGUUCAGGAGUCGUCACUUUGACGAAACACGCUCUCGGCCUUGCCAGGAGGUAUGUCCCAUGUCUGACCUGGCCGAGCUGCUGCAAGCCUUGGAAAACCGCGUGUACGUCUACGUGCUCGGCUACCGGCCCAGGUACUCGAGCUGGCCCGACGUGACCGAGGCUGUCCGCUUCGAGGACAUGCAUCUGGUGUUCGGCAUGCCAUUCAGGCCCGGUGUGCCUUCGCGCGAGCUCGACAAGCAGUGGUCCCGCACCAUGAUAAAUGUGUGGUCCACUUUCGCGCACACUGGCAAAGCGCCUGCGCUGGACGAUUCGCGGUGGCCAGUAUACGACCCUCUGCAGCCCUCCUACAUGAAGCUGGGUGCAGAUGGCGUGAACAUGGAGCGCGACACCAAACGGCCGCGCUGCGACUUCCUGAGAAGCCACCGCAAACCGCACUGA